CGCGCUCGGCUCGUCGCGAGUCGCGCCGAACAGACGACAGCCAAAGAUAGCAGAAAGGCUCGGCUACACGCACAAGUGCAGCGGUCGAGAAAACUGUGUCAAAUUUGGCCCGAAUCAAACGAUUGGGUUUGAUUCCCUUCGGGCUCGUCGUCUCGCUCUCGUUGUUUCGUCACUAUCACGGUCCCCUCGACGCGCUGUGCUUUUGUUUUUGUUGGGCCGAUCCGUGCGGCCUGCCUGGCUGCCCGUGGAAUCAGCUGACGUCAUGUUGGGUCGCGGCCGCCAUUACGGUGUUGGUGUUCAUCUGUGGAAAUCAGCUGUGGUGGAGAAUUAGUCUCUCCCAUUCGCGUUACAGCCGCUCCAAAAUGGAAAUGUUACCGUUGGAUUAACUCGGCAGGAGUGCUGACCUCUCUGCGUGUUCGUUACUGGUUUUCAGCUUUAAUAGAGCUUAAUCAUGGAGUUCUCUACCGGUGAUCCUCAACCAUCCAGUAUGCAAUCGUUAUCCAACAUAGCAUCAGAGCUCUUCCCCAAAGCAACAUUGCAAAUUGAAGACAGUGGAGGUGGAGGUCCCUCGACAGAAGGACUCACAGUUCCAUUCACGCCAGUGUGUGGGGAAUCUCCCAAAUACAUUGUGCGAACAGCUGAUGGAGUUCUGGUCCUGUCAAACUAUCGUAUAUUCCUGCUGAUGUCGGAUGGGUCCAAUCACAAUAUACCACUUGGACUAAUUGAACAAUUAGAGGUUAAGGAUAUUUUUUAUCUCCAUGUUUUGUGCAAGGAUGCUCGCUCUGUUCGCCUGGUAUUUUUGAGCAAUGAUGUUUGUGUGAAGUGGUUCCAUCGUUUGUUGCGAGCAAUCAGCCCUCCAAAAUCAAUUGAGGAUGUCUUUGCAUUUUCAUUCUAUGCAUGGUCUAAAGAGGAGGGCGGGGAGAAAGUUCUUCAGCGCUUAAAAAGGCAGCCUGAGCAGUCUUAUUUCCGUAAAGAGAUGGAUCGACUACAGUUUGAUAUUCAUGGGGCUUGGCGUAUAUCCAAAGCUAAUGAAAAUGGUGAACUGUGUUCAUCUUAUCCUAAAGAACUCUUAAUUCCUUCAUGCAUUGCUGACUCAAUAUUGAAAAAAGGUGCCCAAUUUAGAAGUUAUGGCAGGGUGCCAGCAGUUGUGUGGAGGCACACAGGCAAUGGCGCUGCGCUGGCGAGAUGCUCUCAGCCAGAAGUUGGCUGGUUGGGUUGGCGCUCUCCAGAGGACGAAGCCCUUUUAAAGGCCAUUGCUGAUGCCUGUGCUCAUGACCGUUUGCAUAAUGUUACAUCUGAUGUAUCUAGUAGCACAAUGACAUUAUCUGCUCUAGCUGAAGCCACAGCACCAGGAAACUUUACUUGUCUAAAUGGUUCAGUCCAAACUUCAACAGUCACAUCAACUGUAUCCUCUCCUCCUUUACUAAAUGGUGGAAAUGCGAGUUUACAGUCUGAUAUUUCUGGAUCUAGUUCAAGUGGUGUAAGUAGCCUGAAAGACUCCCUUCCUGAUCAAGUGGAUCUACCACCACAAGGGAAAAAACUUCUAAUCAUGGAUGCUCGAUCUUACACUACUGCAAUUGCAAAUCGUGCAAGAGGAGGUGGCUGUGAAUAUCCUGAGUACUACCCCACUUGUGAAAUACAGUUCAUGAAUCUUCCAAAUAUUCACUCCAUUAGGAAAAGCUUCCACUCUCUUCGAGCAUUGUGUGCAUCUUCAGAUGAUAAUCCAAAUUGGUUCAGCUUGCUUGAGGGGACACGAUGGCUUCAAAAUAUGUCUGGUUUAAUGCGAGCUGCUGUGACUGUAGCUCAGGCGCUUGACAGAGAAGGGAGGCCUGUUGUUGUGCACUGCUCAGAUGGUUGGGACAGAACUCCACAGAUUGUUGCUUUAGCUGAGAUAUUGCUUGACCCUUACUAUCGAACUAUGCAGGGAUUUCAAGUUUUAUGUGAGCGUGAAUGGCUUGAUUUUGGUCAUAAGUUUGCUGAUCGUUGUGGACAUGGAGUCGGUGGAGACGACCAUAAUGAAAGAUGUCCUGUGUUUUUGCAAUGGGUGGAUUGUGUCCAUCAACUGCUAUGUCAGUUUGAAUGUUUGUUUGAGUUUUCUGAGGCUUACCUUGUGAAACUAGUCCAACACACGUAUUCAAAUAUGUUUGGCACUUUCUUGUGCAAUUCAAAUGCUGAUCGAACUAAAUUGAGCAUUGCAGAAAGGACAUUUUCAGUUUGGCAAUUUUUACAAGAUGAUUGCUUUAAGAACCAUUUAUAUCUACCAGAGGAUCGGGUAUUGUGGCCAUCUUGCCAUGUUCGUGAUUUGAAAGUCUGGAAUAACCUGUACUUAGGAUCUCCUGAUAGGGCCACCUCAAUAGUAUCUACUGCUCCUGCCCCAGUGAACACUGUCACAACCACCCACAGUGCUCCAGGGUCAGUUGUUGGCAGUUCUAAUGUUACAAGUGAAGAUUCAAAUGCCCCAGAUGACAUUGAAGACACAAAUCGAUCAAAUGGUUUUGUGAAAACUCGUUCUUAUGAUGAUAUAAUUACUGCCUGUGAUGAGCGAGAAAACCAUUGCUCUCUUGCGGACCAGCCAAGGAGGUGUUCUGAUUCUAGCAUUAAUGUGGAUAUAAAAUACGUGAAUGGUGGCAGCACCGAUGAGACUGACCAAGUAGAUGGAGAAACACAAGACGAUUGUGGUGGUCAAUCAAAUGAAGUGCAGAAUCAAGUUGUGUCAGAUCUGUGCAAGGAUGCAAUGGGUCUUGAACUUUCCAAAGCUGUUUCUCAGUCCCCUGUGCCUGAGCUUUCUCUAACAAGUUUAUCUACUAAUUUGCCUACUAUUCAACAAAUCUCACCAUGCAAUGGUAGAGAAGAGCAGUCUGAUGAUGAGGAUACUGAAAUAACUGUUACCACUGAGGUGCAUGAUUCUAUUGAUACAGUGGAUAGUCCUGGAACACUAACACAGUGCACUUCAAGAUUACCUGAUACGGAUGUACCAAGCCUAGACAGCAGUAUUAUCUCUUCUAACCAUAAUUCAAAUGAAGACUUCCAAGAAUCUUCAAAGGUCGUUUGGAAAGUGAAUGAGUCUGUUCAGCCGGGCCUAUCUGUUGACAGUUCAACUGAUACUUUAGUUGCACCAGAUCAGUUAGCCAACCAUAGUGCCUCUGCUGCUGCUAGUCCAGCUACUCCACUUUGUAAUGGUAUAAGUUCCUCUAUAACUGCUUCUGCUAUGCCAUCAAGUUCUCCGGAUAUAGUGAUGCCAAUAGUGCAACAGUCAAGUUCCAUAGGGGUGUGUAGUUCACUUACCCCUCAGUCCCUAACAUUCCCUUAUGGAGCACUUGGCUCCAUGCCUCCUCCAGUGUUAACAAAUGGUGUCCCUGAUGGCGAUGUGAUAUCCUCAAGUGCUGGGGAUAUGUGUAGGGUAUGUGCUGAUAGUAGAAGAUUUUUAGCUGAUAACCAUCGGGACCAUUCUGGAAGCAGUUCACGUUAUUCAACACCACCCCUUAAUAGUGGCACACCUAGUGGUGGUUAUCCUGCGACUCCUGCAACGCCUUGUGAAGAAAGAGCGGCUUUACCCUCUUCUUUCCAAGGUGGUCAAGUGUUGCUAGAUGAUGUAGAUGGGCUGGCACCCCCUCACAGUGAUGUUCAAAUUAGAUUGCAACAUAUUAUGGCAGAAAAUCAGGCUCGUGUCCAGGCACUGGAGAGGGAUCUGCACAUGACUAGGAUGGCACUUACACAGCAAGUAUGCCAUCAGUGCAGUCAUGCUCAUCCGGAUCGCAAUGAUGAUGUGCGAUCUUUGCCGGAGUCAGCAUGCUCAGGAGAGCCUGCAUCAGCUGGAGAAAGUAUUCCUUCAGAUGUUUCAUGGGAAGCCCUAGAGGAGGUACCUGAUGGAAACCCAGUGCUGUGGUGGCCUGACUAUGCCGCGAACCACUGUAUGCGCUGCAGUCGGGAAUUCAACGUUGUGCGUCGCAAGCACCAUUGCAGGAAUUGUGGUAAAAUAUUUUGCUCUGAAUGUUCGGAGAACACCAUGCCACUUCCAAAUAAGCAGGUUUAUGAACCUGUCCGAGUUUGUACCAGCUGCUACUCACUUCUACAUACUGAUGUAGUUGACAACCCUUUGAGCCAUCUUAACUCUCGUCGAAGUGGCUCUGUUGUUAAUGUGAACUCUCUUAUUACUUCAAAUGGACAUUCCAUGGAUGUACCUACUGACAUGGCUGAGUCAGCAUUAACAACGUUUGCUCAACAUCAUCAUUCAACCAAUGGUAAUAGCUGUGGGUUUUCUUAUGCUGCUGUAGCAUCAGGUAGUGCAAACUCAGACACGAGAAAUGGAGUGUCUCUAUCUGAAGGUAAAAAUGUGAACCAACAAGCGCAACCACACACUAGGAAGGCUACGGCAGCAUAUGUUUAGACAGUCUUGAUAUGUAAUUGGAACUUUGACUUGUCUGGCUUUCCUUUCAUUAGAAACCAAUAUUGUAGAACAAACGGGUAAACUGUAUACAGAACAACCAUUGAUGCUAAACAAUGUCAAUAUUUUGUCUCCCCUGAUGUGGAUCCUUUAACCAAUUUUAUUUGUGUACCUCCUUUAAAUCAAAACCCCUAAUCAGAAUUCAGGUUUAGUACAUGAUGUGUCUUUGAAGUUAUUUUAAAAAUUACAAUCAUCUUAUACAUCUAUAGUUAUUGCCCAGAGAAGAAAUUCUACCAAUCUGUUCUAUGUGCCUGCACGUAGCCUAGAUGUCCGCCGAUUCCCUUCGUGCUCGUUUGAAGCAGAAUUUUCCUACAUUGAGCCUUAGCUGUAAUUGGCUUUGACUGUACUUCUUGCCUCACCGUUUAAUGUGAAUCACAUCAGCACUAAGGCUUGGGAUCCCUUUUGGAGUGUGAGGUUUUGCACUUUUUGAACCACCUAAAUGAUCAUGAAUUGAUUCUUCAAUUGCAUUACAAAUAAAGGUUUUUAAAAAAGUACAAUACACAAAAAUCUUAAAUAGUGAUACAUUACUCUGAACCUUGUGGGAUACUAUACUGUGGAUUUAGAAUAUUGGGGGCAUCUUUCAAUCUCUGUGGUUUAGAAACAGCUUUUGUUAAGUUCUUAUCCUGUAACCCUGCUGUUCUCGGCUUUCUUAAAAGUAGCUGCCAAAUCCUUAUAAAUAUGGGAAAUCAUGACUAAUGAAUUGUUUUUAAAAAAUUCUUAUAUUUUUUAUUAAGAAAUGAGUGAAAAUGAAUUUUAUCCUUGUUAUAUGUUGUUGCAAACCACUGGAAGAUGAGAAUGAAUUAAAUGUUUACUUAUGUUACAGUGUAUGUUGCCAGGUAGGCAUUCUUGAUAAAAUUUAAUUUUAAAAUUAAGCUCAUAAGGAGAUUACAAAUGAUAAAUAUUGUCCCUUUUGGCUGUGAUAGAGAAGUAAAGGUCAUUCUAUAAAAUAUGAGUGUAAAUGUUUGUACAGUACUGAUAUAAGGAGUUGUACAUAUUUUAAGAAGUUAGAACAUAGAGCAUACAAUCGUUGAAUGUGGUAAAAAGCAAAGGGCCGAGGUUGCACAAGACAGGGCCAGGUCCCGCCAUCCCGCCAACAACACAAGGUGCUUGCAUGUAUUCUGUUAUUGGAUGCUUUUUGUCUAACUUGAUGCUUCUGUAAGAUACUUUGUAAAUAUUGUUUUAAUUGUAAGUCUAUAAACAUUCAUGCUUCUUUGUUUUACAAGCAAAGCACAAUCUUAGUCAGUUUGGUCCUGUGCUAAAGGCACAUACUAGUCAUGCCACAAUUUUGUAAAUUAUUUUGGCAAAAGCUUUGGUGUAUUCAAAAUGUUCAGAGUUAUGCAAGGAAAAGUUUGUUCACUACCCCUUCCAGUGUUAUGCUUUGCUCCCCCUGUCAUAUCUCAGCAGUUUGCUUACGGAUUGUAGAUUUUGUAACUACAUGUAAAUAAGUCAUAAUUGGAUCUGACACAAUGGCGGUCCAAAUAGUGAUGUAGCUUAACUUUGGGCCAGAAUUUUUUCACCAAUGACUGAAAUGAAAUUCAAGGAAAAAUCAUCUACCUAAGCAAAAUGGAAAAACUUUAAAAAAUUGGCAGGAUACAUUAGUGACUGCAACAUUGUACAUAAAACCAGCCCUGUAAUUAUGUGAAUAUAGUAUUGCCUUGGGAACCAUCCAAUUUUUUCUAGGAAUUAUGGAAUAAUGUUUUUGGCUGACCUUUACUUCUUCAUCAUGAUAUCAAAUUUUUGUUGUUGCACUAUUCGUACAUCUUGUCAACAAAUUAAUUAUAGUCCUAGGGCAUUCAAUACAUGUUGAAAAUUGCGAAAGGAACUUUAAAUAUGAAUGUGAUAAUGGUUUGCAAGCAUGUUUGGUGCUCUAUUGGUUGAUGGAACCUGCAUUGUGAUCAAUUUUGUGUACUAACUUUAGAACUUUAAAAAGUAAAGUGAAUUUGCUGUGGUAUUAACAUGCAUUUUAAAGGAAAUUUCUACAUUUC